AUGCGCUUAUUGCAUAUUGUUGAUUGUGAUGAGAGGCCUUCGAUGGGAUAUGUGUAUGAAGACAUGUAUAGGGUUCGUUUGGGCAUUAAGAAAUUGUUUAACUACAACGAAAGACUAUACAAGCCUUAUACAGAGAUCAUAAAGCAACGUUGGGAUCAACAACUAAAGAAAAGCAUUCAUUCAACAGCUUAUUGGUUGAAUCCAUGUUUCCAAUAUGAUCAGGAAAACUUUUGUAAUAAGCCAAAUGUUAUUGGAGGUGUCAUGGAUGUUAUUGAUCAGAAAGUUCUGAAAGGCAAGCUUGAAACAAUGAAUGAAAUGAAGUUAUUUCGUGAUCAAUUGGGAAGUUUUGGAAGAGACCUUGCUUAUUCUUCAUGUGAAGUACUUCAACCUGUAGAUGAAUGGUGGAGGCUACAUGGAUACAGUGCACCACAUUUGCAAAAGUUAGCCAUUCUAAUAUUGAGCCAAACCGCAUCGUCUUCUGGAUGUGAGAGGAAUUGGAGUGUCUUUGAACGUAUACAUACCAAAAGAAGGAAUAGAUUGGAACAUCAAAGGCUUAAUGAUCUUGUAUACGUUCAUUACAAUUUGUGCUUAAAAAAUCGCAGCCUGAAAGGGGAGACAGUCCAUCUUGGAAGAAUGCACAGUCCGCUAAGGGAGUCAAUCACGCAUUAUAAGAGGGGCCUUCUCUUACACGCGAAUACGAGUUUCUUCACAGCCACCCUCCCAACCACACAGUCUGCAUCAUUAGAGAUCCCUCUUAGCAUCACACACCAAGGAAAGGGACCAUCAAUUCGAGAAGCAUCACAGCACACCAUUGGAGAAGUUGGAGUCCACCAAUCGCGGCUGCAAGAGGCACACACAGAAGAGGUAGAGGUACAGUUUACUGCAAAAAUACUGUCACAUGGAAAUGCGCAUAACCCUGGAUGGACUGGAGGUGACAGUAUCCUAGCCGAUUCCGGCACAGAGCAGCUGGAGUUUAUUGCCCUUUCUCAAAGGACUGGUGAUCCAAAGUAUCAGAAAAAGGUUGAGAAUGUUAUCAUUGAGCUUAAUAAAACAUUUCCUGCUGAUGGUUUGCUUCCCAUAUAUAUUAAUCCUCAUAGAGGAACAUCAUCUUAUUCGACCAUAACCUUUGGAGCCAUGGGUGACAGCUUUUAUGAAUAUUUACUCAAAGUUUGGAUACAAGGAAAUAAAACUGCUGAUGUGAAGCAUUAUAGAGAAAUGUGGGAGACAUCUAUGAAAGGUCUGUUAAGCUUGGUCCGAAGAACAACAUCAUCAUCUUUCACAUAUAUAUGUGAGAAAAAUGGGGAUUCUCUGCAUGACAAGAUGGAUGGAUUAGCAUGCUUUGCCCCAGGAAUGAUUGCUUUAGGAUCACUUGGUUAUGGUCCUGAAGAAUCUCAGAAAUUCCUAUCCCUUGCCGAAGAGCUUGCCUGGACAUGCUAUAAUUUCUACCAGUCAACACCAACAAAAUUGGCUGGAGAGAACUAUUUCUUCCACUCUGGGCAGGAUAUGAGUGUGGGUACAUCAUGGAACAUAUUGAGGCCCGAGACAGUUGAAUCACUGUUUUACCUCUGGCGUUUAACUGGCAGCAAGACAUACCAAGAGUGGGGUUGGAACAUAUUUCAAGCAUUUGAAAAGAACUCCCGCAUAGAGUCAGGAUAUGUUGGACUGAAGGAUGUAAAUAGAGACGUCAAAGACAAUAUGAUGCAAAGCUUCUUCCUUGCUGAGACACUCAAAUAUCUCUAUCUUCUUUUCUCACCUUCGUCAGUCAUUUCAUUAGAUGAGUGGGUUUUCAACACCGAAGCCCACCCAAUAGGAAUCAUGACUCGUCAUGACAAUUCUAUAGGUUGCAUGGCAGGAAGGAAGGUCGGUGAGUUGAUGAUUAGGAUUCUUUUCCUCUUUUAGAAAUUUUUUUGGCGGAACCCCUUUCCAAAUUUUCAGGCUCUAAUUAGGUGAAGAGCCUAGGAGUUCAAUACCAUAGCUUUUGAAAAUCAACCAAGGGCCUCCUACAUUCAGCUCAAUAAUGUUGGCCCUAGUUCCACUCAAUCUGGGCUUGUGAGAAUGUUGUAUUCUAGUAAAGCUACAGUGCCCUUUAUUAUGAAAGCCAUCGGUAUGUAACAUAGGGUAUAGACUAUUUUGCUUAGUUUUAUUAUUUGAAGGGGUUUAUUCGGAUGAGUUAUACAAUUUCAUCUGAUUUUCUGAUACCGUGUGUAAUUCUCAUGUUUUUGGGCGGUUAUUAAAGGAUUUAUUACUCUUUUAACGCAAUAGGAUUCAGUCGUUAAAGCUCAUAUAGGAGCAUGCUCAGAUGGGCUAGAUAUUGUAAUUGAAGAAGGCUUGGCUUGAACCGUGUGUGCUCUCUUGUACUCCUUGUUUCUUCGCAAUUAAAUGAUAGUUUUCUUUGCC